AUGGGAUUUUUUUUUUGUGUCACUUUUUUCUUAACUUAUUCCUGCUGCAUAAUACUCGCAGCUUAUUUACAAUCGAUAGAUGGACUACCGCAGUCUCCUUGUUCCCCCAGCCUCUUACCAUCACAAGAGACUCUUACAAGCCAUGGUAAAACAGAAUCUAAUGAAAUCAGCGGUAAUGAUGGCCUAACCCCUCAAGGCGGAGCGCGCCACACCGUUCGCUUUCUCCGGACUCCUCAGAGUUAUUCCGGGCUCAGUUUUAGUAGUGCUAGUGCCAGCAACAGUGUCACUAACAGCGGUACUAGUAGUGAGACCGAAACUAGCAGUCGUAACAUCUACCAAAACAGCCAUGCAACAAGUUGCUUAUGUACAUGCACAAAUGACAUGUACAGUGGCAAGUGCAGUAUCAGCAGCAGUAACAACAGUGUUAACGGUGAUUUGGGAAGCGAUAGAAGCAAUAAUGUCAUUUUAGCUGGAUCCGACGGGUCUGCUGCAGCUCCAAAACUCGAUGAUAUGGUUUGCACGUUUGGAGCUGCUCGGCGGGUUUUUGUAGAACAACACUGGUACUAUUGUUAUACUUGCCGGAUGCUUGACUCUCAAGGCGUUUGUUCCACAUGUGCGCGAGUCUGCCAUGCUGGGCACGACAUAGUUUAUGCAAAGAGUGGAAACUUCUUCUGUGAUUGUGCCAAUGGGUUCGUACCUUCUACGACUUCCUUAACAACUUUUGGGCAAGCCUCUAUUGGUCUACCGACUGAUCGAAUUACUGUUCCUCCUAAUUGUCAGGCUUUGCAUCGAAGAGUUUUGGCUACUACCUCGACUAAAAAGCGCUUACCCUUUGCUCGAUCAACUCACUCCUCCGUUGGAUUUCGAAAUUACAGGCGCCAAUUCCAACUUGAUUCCGCCAUUUACACUCCUUGGCAUUCUUGUAAGUUGUGA